CUCCAGAUCAUCGCCGACAGCUUUCAAGACCGUUUCCAGCCCUUCACCCUCGAGAAGCCAAGAUGUCUGCUUCCUCUCGCCAACGUGCCUCUGAUCGAAUACACCCUCGAGUACCUUGCCAUGAACGGCGUGCAAGAUGUCUUCAUCUACUGCGGCGCCCACCACGAGCAAAUAGAGCGAUAUAUCCACGACUCGAGAUGGUCCACGGCGUCAAGAACCACUCCCUUUGCGGCCCUCGAAUUCAUUCGUGUAGCGGAUGCCCGGUCGAUUGGCGACUUCCUUCGAGAUCUCGAUAAGCGGAACAUCAUCGGCGGCGAUUUCAUUUUGGUGCACGGUGAUGUCGUGUCCAACAUUCCUCUCGACGGCGCGCUUGCAGCGCAUCGUGCACGGAGAGAGGCCAAUCGUGACUCAUGCAUGACCAUGAUCCUUCGGGAGACGGGUGAGGAGGAACACAACAGCAGAUCCGCAGGCUUGACGCCUGUCUUUGUGGUCGAUCCCAAGGCGAAGCGCUGUCUACACUACGAGGAGAUGCACCCCCUACAGAGCGACCACUACGCGAUACUCGACCCCGACUUUCUCAAAAACCCCGAACUACAGAUCAGGACGGACCUCAUCGAUGCCCAAAUCGACAUCUGCACACCGGACGUGCUGGCACUUUGGUCCGAGAGUUUUGACUACGAGCUGCCUCGAGCCAAUUUCCUUCACGGCGUGCUGAAAGACUUUGAACUCAACGGCAAGAUGAUACACACAGAGAUUGUUACAGAAGGAUAUGAGGCGCGAGCAUCAAACCUGCAGAUGUACGACGCCAUCAGUCGGGAUGUCAUCCGGGGAUGGACCUACCCGUUCUGCCCAGAGUCCAACUUCAUGAGGGGCCAAACGUAUCAACUUCAGUCUGGAAACGUGCAUGCUGAGGAUGACGUCUCCAUUGCUGCUGACGCGCAAGUUGAAGAUUGCAUCAUUGGUCGCGACACACGAAUCGACCAGGGCAGCACGAUAUCGAACUCGGUACUAGGUCGGAAUUGCCGGAUCGGGCGCAACGUGCGGAUAACGGACAGCUACAUCUGGCACGACGUGACCAUUGAAGAUGAUGCCGUGAUCGAGCAUGCCGUCAUUGCGGACAUGGGCAAGAUUGGCAGCCGGUCGCAAGUAGGAUCGGAGUCGCUAUUGUCCUUUGGCGUCCAGAUCAGCGACAACAUCACGAUCCAGCCGCAGACAAGGAUUGCUUUACUAUCGCACAACCUUGAGCCUGUGCAGCCGGAUACCAGCUUGGUGGGAUCUUCAGGAAAGGGGGCCUCAUUCCGCAAUCCGGAAGAGGAUGAGGUUGAUGAUGAGGAUCCUGCGAGGCUGCAGACUUCACUCCGCUUGCAUCUGUCCAUGUUCGACAUCGAGACUUCAUCGGUCUCAACGUUGGCUGAUGACGACCUGUUAUCCGACGACGACUCACAAGCCGGCUUCUCACAACCUACAGAGCGCUCCCGGUUAUCAUCGUUUGCAUCGGACGACUCGGGCAAUGCCAACUUCUCCUCAUUCCACGCCGAUGCUGUGCACGGCUUGCUGGAAGCCCUCCGCAACCCCACGAGCGACUUCAGUGCCGAGAAGCUCGAGUUUACCUCGCUGCGCCUGGCCAACAACGCCUCGGACGCCGCCAUGCGCCGCGCCGUGGCCACAGCGUUUGUGCGACACGGCACGGAGCUGAUGAAUGCCGAGACCGGCGCGCUCGACGCUUCGCGUGCGGCCAAGCAGGUCCUGACGGCCAAGAAGGGCGCCUCGGAGUUUGUCUCCGAGGUCGGCGUCGGUGGCGAGGAUGUCUCGGAGCAGGUCGAGUUUGCGCUGGCGGUGCAAAAGGCCUGUGCGAGCACCGUCAAGAUUGUCGAGGCGACGAAGGCGGGCAGCCUGCUCGCGGCGCUGUUCCAGCACAUGUACGACCUCGACAUCCUCGAGGAGGAAGGAAUCGUGGGCUGGUGGGGCGACGAGCGCAGCCAGGCAGGAGACGAGGCGAUGAGUGCCGUGCGAGAGAAGUGCAAGGUCCUGGUAGAGUGGCUCGAGAAUGCGGACGAGGAGAGCAGUGAUGAGGACGAUGAGUAG